UUCACCGUUUUUGAUCAUCUUUUCAUAUUUUAAUUUUAAUUUUAAUUUUCCCCCGUUUAUCCGUGCCCGUUUGGCGUUUUUAUUUUCAGAACUACCCUUAGGGUUUCAUUUUGAAGCUCACUCUCUUUUAGCAGCAAAACUGAAAGAAACUUCCGAUUCCGACGGUCUUCUCUUCUCUCUCCUAAUAGUUUCAAACAAUUUAUUUUCCAAUCGAAAUCCAACUAUUUUCAAUUGCUUUUGAAUCGGCUCAACAUGACUGGAGAAGGCCCGAGCCUCAUAAAGCAACUAGCGGCUUGCGACAAGUCGACCCGAGACAAAGCCGUACGCUCUCUCAUCAACACUUGGCUUCCUUCACAAACCCAACUCUCUGAUGAAGAGAUGAAGAGGCUCUGGAAAGGUCUCUUCUUCUGCGUUUGGCACGCUGACAAGCUACCCGUUCAGUCCGACCUCAUCGAAAAGCUUUCUUCCGUUGUCCUAAAGCUCGAGCCGCCUCUAUCUCUCCAAUAUUUCUCCGUUUUUUUUCUUACGAUGCGUCGCGAGUGGACUGGAAUUGACAAACUAAGGUUAGAUAAGUUUUACCUCUUAAUUCGUAGGUUCUUGCAUUUCUUUUUCGCUAUGUUGAAGAGAUGGUCGUGGGAUUUGGACUUUACGCGUCGUUCGAUUAGGGUUUUAGUUGAUGGAACCUUUUUAGCUGAUGAUAAGUUUCAAGGGAAUGGCGUUAAUUAUCACAUUGCUUCGGUUUUCCUCGAGGAACUCAGGCCUUUUCUUCCGGUUAAAAAGGAGGUUCUUGAGAUUUUAUUGGAGACAUUUGUUGGAAUAAUGGGUAAAGUGAGUGAUAAAAUUUUGGUUGGGAAGAUUAGAAUUAAUGUGUUUGAUGAGUUUGUUAAAAUGGGAAGGAGAUUGUUGGAACUUAAGACCUCCAUUGAGGAGGUUGAUCAAGGUGAUGAUGUAGUUGUGUUGGGAAUUAUCGGUUUGGUGAUGGGAUUCUCUAAAAAGUUUUAUGAAUUGGGUUCUUCAGUGGAUUGCUGUCAGGGUAAUAGAAAGAUUCUGUUAAGAGUACAUGAAGAAUUCUUGAAGCUAGAGAAGGAUUUAACAUCAUUGGGUAUUGAUAUUUCGAUCCCCGAGUGUAAUAAAGGGGAUGAAGAAGAUGAGGUUCCUGAAUUGGUACCUAUUGCUAGUGAGAUGGAAUUGAAUAUCUCUAAUGGUGCUUCAGAGCUGGUUGAAGCUAAUGGCAAUGGUUCUGUCAGAAAGGCUUCAAAGAAGAGCAAGAAGGCGAAAAAAUCAACUGGGGACAGUGGUAAAAAGACCAAGAAAAACAACAAUGCUAAAUAUACAGCUGCAGAUAAGGAGAACAAUGUUAUGGUACCAGCAGAAAGUGCCACUUCUAAUAUUGAGAAGAAUGGUGAAGGUGAUUCAAUAACAUUUACUGAAUCAGUGAUUUCGAACCUUCAGCUCCAGUUUGAGAAGGUUGCUGAAGAAGUAGGCUUGAAUAGUGAUGUUGCAAGUGCCUGUGAUUUGCCUAAAGUCAAUGGUACUGUCUCCAAGAAGAGAAAGAGAGGAAAGCAUAUGGAUGGCAAAAAAUCUCAGAAUGGGGAGGAAACCAAUCAAGGGGAGGAUGAAAUUGAUGCAACUGCAAAAUCUUGCGAGAACAGCACAAAGAGGGUAAGAUUUUCAAUGAAAAACAACAUAGUUUGGAAACCCCACAGCCCUUUACCUCCACUAAGCUUGAGAAUACCGCCCUCUGUCAUUCCUAGAGGAAGUGCUCUUAAGAAAGGUUUACCUCCAGGUCCUAUAAGGGAAAUGCCUCUUAUGACAAAGAAGGUAAAGAAAGCUAAAUCUGUGAAAAAGGUUCGGAAAGUAGUAAAGGGCAUGCAUCCUCUAGUCAAACGCACCAAGAAGUUGAAUUCAAAGUCCCCCUAGCAGACUAUGCUUUAUCAUGGAAAAAAAAAGUUUUGCAUGAAUAGUCAUUAAAAUUCUUCUAAAUUUGGUUGUUUUUUGUCUUGUUUUUGCACUGUUUAGACUUUCCAUCACACAUGUUCUUUGACUUUAUAGACUUUUGGUCUUUGAAUACUCAACUGUGAUGAGAAGUUAAUUUAUACAUGUCUGGAAGAUGGACCUUGGAAUGAAUCAUAUUCUUUGCUUUCUGGUGGA